AGGGCGUCCUCUAACAAGGUUCCAGUUGCGAAAAAUGCUCCAAUAUCAGGUUGCGCGCUAAACUCGCUUAAUAUUCGGGUGGUGCGUUGUGUAUUCAGCAUAUUUAGAGGCGCAUAUAUAUAGUCCACACUGUUGGUAGAGAUCAGUAUCGCAGUAACGUUUCUGUAGCUCAAUACGGCACAAACAUCUAGCUGAAAUGGCAUUCAAGUUCAUCAUCCUCGCCUCCUUCCUGGCUUAUGUCCAAGCCGGCAACCUCAUCGGAGCACCAUUGGCAGCCCCUCUAGCUUACGCAACUCCAGCAAUCACCAAAAUUGCCGCACCAGUAGCCGUAGCCAGGGCUGAACCCUACGACCCAAACCCACAAUACCAAUUCGGCUAUGACGUCCAAGACAGUUUGACUGGAGACUCAAAGAGCCAAGUGGAAUCACGCAGCGGAGACGUCGUACAAGGUCAAUACUCCUUGGUGGAAUCUGAUGGCACUAGACGUAUUGUCGACUACACUGCUGACCCAGUCAACGGAUUCAACGCUGUCGUCCGCAAAGAACCUUUGGUAGCCAAAGCCGUAGUUGCUGCCCCAGCUGUAGCUGCUGUACGCGCUGCUCCUGUGAUUGCUCACUCUGCUCCACUUUUGGCUCAACCCGCCUAUGCUUCCUCCUUGAUCAGGUCUUCCCCUCUUUUGGCUCAACCUGCCUAUGCUUCCUCUUUGAUCAGAUCUGCUCCUCUCUUAGCUCAACCUGCUUAUGCUCCAUCUUUGAUCAGAUCUGGCCCUCUCUUGGCUCAACCUGCCUAUGCUUCCUCCUUGAUCAGAUCUGGACCUCUCUUAGCCCAAUCUGCCUAUGCCCCCACAUUGAUCAGAUCUUCACCUCUUCUUGCCAAGACAGCUUACGCCGCCCCAGGUUUGAGCCUUUCUACCUCCAUCAUCCACUAAAUGAGAAUGAUACCUGUGUGAUUGUUGUUUAUAUUAUUUUUGUAUUUAUUGAUCGAAUAUAUGUUUUUUAGACUGCA